UAAAAUAUUCAAAAUUCACUUUGUUGUUGGGACCGUCGCCGUCAAGACGAGUCGCGAGAAUAGUCCGCCACGACGAGAUGCGUUUGUGUUGAUAAGACGAACCAACAUUUUGUAUAGACGGCCGAUCGGUUAGGUGCUGCGUACGUUUUACACAACUAUGUCUAUGAUGAGGUUUGCUUUGCUCGGCCUGAUAUUAUUCUUGAUAAGAGCAUCAUCCGAAUGGCAACUAACGAAAUGUUGCCCACCAGGACAGAUCUAUGUAAACAAUUUCACCAACUGUGAAUCAAUACCGUUAUUCGUAAUAGAAGUUUACGUUCACUAUUGGAACAUUACCAGAGAGUUCCAAGGAAUUCCUCAGUGCGACGAAUCUGAGGAUCUUGUGACAACACCACUUGUCCAUUUUGAAUCUAUCGCUAACUUAGAGAAGCCAGCUUGCCUUGAAACAUUUUACGAUCAAAAAGAAGAACCUGUAAUAAUAAUUCGUCACUGUCAAUCAAACAAAGAUCUACAAGUGAAAGCAAUUGACACAUCCUUUUGGCAGCUCUUACACAUCAGAAAAUGUUGUUUUGACGAUACAAUAUUUGACAGCGGCACAAAGGCAUGUGUGACCCGGUUAAACGAAUCACAGAGUCUUGGAGCAUUUUUGCUAAAUAGAUCAACUGACACAGAAAGUGCAAUGAUACUCACUCAGGGUCCACCUAAGUGCGAAGGGCCGAUCGUUAAUUAUGAAGUUAACGAAAACGAUAUCUCCCUACGGAACGGUACAUAUUUGGUGAAGGUUCCAGAGUUCAACAAUAUUGUCAAAGAGGAAUCUGUUAUUGGGGAUAACAUUUGUAUCGAGAUGAUGUCAGAAUUUGCAGUUAAACGAAGUUUGGCAGUCCGUAUCUGCAGAAAACCGGAAUUCUGCGACAAAAACGCUUGUAUCAGAAAGUGUUGUUCCGAAAAUAGACAUCUUUAUCUUAAUGACAGUCAUUAUGGUUGCAAUGCGGACCCUGUACCUAAUACACUCGGAAAAUUUUACAAUGCUCUUGCAGACGCCGUGAGUCAAUCGAAGUCGUUCACUUUCGACACGACCAAAGUCCACGGGGUUUGGAGUCAUGUUUUACAACCCCGUAUAUACAUCCCGUGUAAAAAAAUACACCUUUUCUGGGACCCAGAUGAAUGGGAAGAACGUAUGUCAUCGAAAUCAAAUGGACAUACGAACGGCAGGUACUGCUUCGACGUCGUGGAAGACAAAGUCAACAACUUUUAUCGUUUUGAAUUGCUUUACUGUGACGAAUACAUAGGAAAGCAAAAUUACAUUUAUACUAGCCCUAACUGGAGGUUCGCCAUAUUUAUCGUCAAAUGUUUAUUUCUAUUGAUGACCUUGCUAGUGUACGCGUACUUACCAAAUCUGCAAAAUAUUCAUGGAAAAACGGUCAUAUGCUAUGUAAGCAGUCUCUUACUGAGUACCGCCUUUAUAUUCAGCAGGGAUUUGCGUGUAAAAAUCACGAAUGAGCAAUUAGGAAAGACAUCGUGCAAAGCUUUAGGUUUGUAUACACAUGUCUUAUGGAAUAUUCAUAUACGAAUAACGUUAAAGAACGUAAAAAUUACUUUUCUAGCUUACAUCGAUUUUUUUUUUAUAUGUUCGACGCAUUUCUGGCUUAACGUUAUGUGCUUCGACAUAUGGCGGACUUUUGGAACUUUACGUGAAAAUAGAAUUAUAAACAACCGCAAACAAAGGAAACGAUUUCUAUUGUACUGUUUAUAUGCGUGGGGCAUCCCUUUCCUGCAGUCAAUCCUCAUUAUUGUUGCCGAUAACACGGAUAUACUGCCAGAUUAUUUGAAACCCAGUAGUUUUGACGUGUUCGAAUGUCGGUUCGCAUAUGAACCCUAUUGGGAUAACUACGGCGAAUUAAUCUUCUUUUAUGGACCGCUAAUGAUUCUGAUGAUAUCUAACAUCGUGUUCUUCAUUCUCACGACGAAAUAUUAUAAUAAGGUAAAAGCAGAUAUAAAAAAUGUAAUUACGGAUCCCAGAAGCAAACAACUUCAUUCCAUUAGGAAGAGAUUUAUCAUGAAUGUCAAACUGUUUAUCGUCAUGGGACUGACAUGGAUAUUUGGGAUAGUGGUCUACUUCCUUAACAAAUUUUUAGGUUACAAUCAUCACUGGGAGAUGUUUGCUUACAUCCACGCGAUUUUGUAUUAUCUCGACGAUUUAUUAAUUUUUAUUAUUUUUGUUUUGAAAAAAAGCGUGUAUAAAGCUAUUUGCAAACGAUAGAGAUCAAAAAAUAUCAAAAAAUCGACUUGCAACUUAACCAUGAUUGUUUACUUAUAGGAUCAGGAAAAGCACGAUCAGCAGUAUUUUUUGUUUCAUUUGCGUGACUUAUUCUUUAAAAAAAAGUCGAUAACUAGCUGUAUUAAAAAUUUGAGAGAUCGGAGAAGGAGUAACAAUAGGAGAAAGUAACGAUUCAAAUAAAAAAAACAGAUGAACCAUACUAUGAGUUUGGUUAAUCUGGAUGGCCCCGAGCAGCAAUACCAUGAAUAAAAAAGAGAAACGGACAGAAAAAUCGUAACAAAAGUUCGAAAAGACCAUUGCCUGAAAGUGACACUCUGCUCUAGUGAAAUUCAGUUUAUAUCAAGUUAAGUGAAGAGAGGUUGAUAUUAAAAAAUUCAUUAUUACAAGUAAGGCAAUCUAUCGGUUUGUUUUCUGUGUCUGAAUUUUCUGAUGGAACUAGUGUAUACUUAAAGAAAAUAGGUACAUGUUUGAAAGUUAGCAAAGGAAGAAAGGAUGUUCCAGUGUAUUCUAGUGCAGAAAUAGGAAACAAACCUUAUGUGACCGUUAAACAGCUGUUCACCACCAAGAUUUAACGAGCCUAAGUGAUUCCAAAGACUUGUCCAGGUGCGAAAAUGUAGAUCAGACGUAGAACAUCUUAGUCGGCUCGUCAUUAAGAAACUUGGAAGAAAGUGCCAUGCACAAACAUCGUGUCUCGCAUAACGCGAUUAAGAUCUAACGAGUGGCACAUUUUGUAGAAGGAUAUGGUCAAUCAAUAAAUUCACAAUCUUUCUCUCUCUCACUCUCUCUCGCUCUCUCUCUCUCUCCGUCUCAGAACAGUACAUUUUAAUUUGCCAUUCUUUCAUAACGUAUGCGAUAUAAAAUGCAAUAAAUUAAACACGUCAAUUAUAAUAUGAUUCUCUUAAUCCAUCUCCAGACGUGGAUAAUUUAUUGUCAAUAAUAGAAACGGUAGUUUUUGUAAAGAUAUUGUAAACAAGUCAUAAAUAUGUAGAUGUAUAUUUGCAUAAAAUCUAACUAUGAAUCAUCACAUAGUAUUACGCCAAUUGACAUUCUUGGACAUUCAUAGAAUGUGGUGGAAAUGUAUCUGAGAUAGACCACGAAUGUUAACGAUAAACUACCUAUAACAAACAAUAAGAAAAAUCAUGCAAUAGCAUGACGGUUAAAAUUGUUGAAAUAUUUCGACAAAUAAUCACGAAUUUCAACGCUGAAUUACACAUAGCUACAAAUCGUCACGUAGUACUAUCCUGAUUAAAAUUCUUGGAUAUUCAUGAAACUAGCUAUUACAUAAAAAUAUUACACAAAAUAUUAACUAUUAAAUAAACAUAUUACAUAAAAAUACUAAUAAAUUUACUUUAUUAAUUAUAUGUAAUUA